AUGGCAACAAUUGGUGAACACAAAACACAUUUUUCCGGACCUCGAGUGAUGGGGGGACAUUACCUGGGCUUAGAAAAACUGGAUGAUAAAGACAAUAUACUGUGCAAAUUUGAAAAAUGGUUUUGCGAUAAAUACAAAGAAUCACACCUUGUUCAUUUCUAUUAUGGAAAGGCAGAUAUUCCUAUUGAAAAUAUUAAACAUGGUGAUGAAGUCAUUGUUGCUGUUAUUGAUAAAAUGAAAGAUUUAAAAGAGAGAACAUUUAGAAACGGUGACAAAGACAUUGCGGUUAUUUGGAAAGACUGGAAAGAAGAUACAGAUGAAGUUUCGUUAGGAAUGGAAGAGCAACAAAAUCUCCAAAUAAAGCAGAUUGAUAAAUUUAAAAAAAUCGAAAAAUACCUGGAGGAAAAUUCAAAAGAUUUGCUCAAAAAGCAUUCGAACUUAGAGAUGAUAAUGGCUUCAACGUAUCGAAUAAAAAAAGGGAAAAUAUCUAAGGAACCUUGUAUCGUUCUGUACUGUUCUUGCAAAGGUGUAGUGCCUAUCAAUGAAGCUAAGUUUCCCACUACAAUUCAUGAAAUCAAAACAGAUGUUAGAGAGGGUUUCUUUCAUCUGGAGUGUAAUUUCAAUGGAGAUGUUUGUGCUGUUUCUAAAGAUUUGCUGAAUCCUUUACGAAUGGGCGCAAGCAUAGGAAAGGAAGGUGAACAAAUAGAAGGAACUCUUGGUGGAUUUGUUAAAUCCAAUGACGAAUUUGGGUUCAUAACCUGUGCUCAUAAUUUUUACGGCCCAGAUGAAAUGGAAACACCUGAACUUCCAAAAACGCCAAUAACCGUGGUACAACCUUCCCAUGAACGAGAAGGAUCGCAAGAAUGUGGUAAAACUGUACGAUCUGUUUCCUCAUUCUCCAAUGUUAAUGAAGAAAAUAUCACAGUCGAUGCAACAUUUGUCAGAUUGACAGAGAGGUGUCCGGAACAAUUGUUUUUUGCGGACCUGUUCACCGCGAGAUUGAAAAACUGUGGGUUUUCAAGAGCUACGUUUCCUCGGUACAUAAGUGGAACUCCUCUGGACCUUAGGGAGGACGAAGAUCGGGAAUCUCAUCUGCUCAAAAAAUAUCUGAAAUGUGGCACGACUACUGGAUUGACAAUGGGAUAUCUUCAUCUUGAUUUAUUCAGAGGAAGACUCAGAGAUUGCAGAUUCAGCAAAAGUACGAAAAACCUUCAACAUAAAUACUACCAAAAGCAACUAAUUAUCGAAGGUGAAAACUUCUCUAUGGGUGGAGAUUCUGGAUCAUUUGUCUUCCAGGUUAGGGAGGAUCAUAUAUUAGAUUGUAUUGGAAUGCUUGUCGGGAGGUGUGGGAAAUAUAGAAGAGCUGUUACCCCUAUCAUCCCUGUGCUAAAUGCACUCAACGCGAGUCUAAUUCCAUUUCCCUAA